GGCGGCAGCAACGGCCGUUGCCGGGGGCGGGGCCGGCGGGGGGCGGGGCGGGAGCUGCGAGCAGCGACAAGAUGGCGGAGGCCGAGCCGAGGCGGAGGAUCCCGCUGGUGCCGGAGAACCUGCUGAAGAAGCGGAAGGCCUACCAGGCCCUGAAGGCCACGCAGGCCAAGCAGGCGCUCCUCAGCAAGCGGAAGCACCAGAAGGGGAAACAAAUCCAGUUUAAACGUCUUGAGACUUUUGUUCGAGAUUCAUGGCGCAAGCACCGAGAUGAGGUCCGGCUGAGGCGCAUGAAACAGAGACCUGGACAGGUGGCUGAACCUCAGGAGCACAAACUAGCCUUUGUUGUACGAAUUGCAGAGAUUAAGGGAGUGAGUCUGAAGGUACGACGGGUGAUUGAGUUGCUUCGGUUGAGAAAAAUUUUCAGUGGAACGUUUGUUAAACUGACUCCAUCAUCUCUAAAGAUGCUGCGCAUUGUGGAACCUUAUGUGGCAUGGGGAUACCCUAACCUGAAGUCUGUACGAGAGCUCAUUCUGAAACGGGGUCAAGCCAAGAUUAACAAAAAGAGGGUCCCUCUGACAGACAAUGUGUUGAUAGAGGAACAUUUAGGAGACUGUGAUAUUAUUUGCCUGGAAGAUCUUAUUCAUGAAAUCUACUCAACUGGGAAAUAUUUCCAAAAAGUCACAGACUUUCUAUGGCCAUUCCAUCUGUCAGUGGCUCGCCAUGCUGCACAUAAUAAAGUGGGUUUCCUCAAGGAAAUGGGCAAGCCUGGCUGCAGAGGUGAAGGAAUCAACCAGCUUAUACGUCAGCUGAACUGAUCAGGGCCUUUGCGAAAACUAGGAUUUAUGAGCUGUGCCUUGUCAGAGGUAGUUUUCACGGACAUCUGGCUCUGUACUGUGAAAUAUCACAACCCUCUCUUGACUGCUGCUGGCUUUAUUUAAAAAAGAAAAAGUGUUUUAUCUGGUCCAUAUUGGGGAAGAAGAGAAGGUGCAUUUUGGUGCAAGAAAGAGGUAACUUGGACUUCCUGGAGCAAGGCGACUUCUGCAUCUCAGCAAAACAUGUUUUUUAGAUGCCUUACUACAGUUCUGUACCAGCCACCUCCUGACCCUAACUAACUGUGGCAAAAAGCACUGGUUGUCAUUACCUGUUUUAAACUUCUUUUACAGUUGAUUGGCACUGUUAAUGCUUUGAUCCAGUUCUCCCUAAGAAAAGUGCUUGAAACUGCACUUGCUGGUGAAGUGUACUUCUCAGGUAUAUGUAGGUAGUGCAGUCACCUGUUUAAGAGAGUAUUUUGCUGACAGGCAGAGGAAAACACUAGAUGUAUUCCUGUUACUGCAGUGCAAGCCCUGGUGGGGAGUAAUGUAACAUUUCUGGAAGUACCUGAAUCAUAGUUUUUUUAAAAGCCGUAAGUCUGUGCUGGUGACCUACAAAAGGAUGUCUUUCAACUGUCUUUCACAUAUGCUAUGUCAAGACUGCUGGAGAUCAACUAUUCCCUGGUAGGAAAGCCUAUUAACUCUAUAAGAUGGCUGUAGAGCACAUAUGAUCUAGGAUAUUUUUAAUAAAUUUUUUAAAAAGAAAAAAAA